AUGACAGCAUUGCGAGUUUCACCCACCGCUCUAUCGCACAAAAUGCUUACCGCGUGCCGGCCGCGGCUCUAUCUUGGUGUCCGCUGCACGGCUGCGGCUAAUGUGCGGCCGCUGGCACCGGGCAGCUCACGAGCUGGCUUCAGCACGGGAAAGCGCUACGCUUCACUUGCACAGGAGCUUGUCCCAAAGGUGGAAAGAGGCGGAUCAAAGCUCUUCAAGGACGCAGACGCCGCGGUUGCAGAUAUUCAGAGUGGCUCGACGAUUCUGAGCUCCGGGUUUGGGCUGUGCGGGGUUGCAGAAACACUGAUCAAUGCCAUGCAACGCCGUGGCCCGGACCAAUUGCAUAGUCUGACCGCGGUCUCAAAUAAUGCUGGCGCAGCGGGAAAGGGCGGGCUCUCAACACUGUCGCAGAAUGGCCAGCUGAGCCGGCUAAUUCUAUCGUACUUGGGAAAUAAUAAAGCACUGGAAAAAAAGUAUCUAUCUGGUCAUAUUGCGAUCGAGCUUUGCCCGCAGGGAACCCUGGCGGAACGACUGCGCGCAGGCGGGGCGGGGAUCCCGGCCUUUUUCACGCCGACUGGUGUUCAUACAUAUAUCCAGGAGGGAAAAAUUCCCGUCCGCGUGGACGAGUCGGGCAAGGUCCUCGAGUCAGGCACACCACGCGAGACGCGUGAAUUCAAUGGAAAGACAUAUUUGAUGGAGACUGCUUUGACGGGCGAUGUAGCUAUUUUGCGGGCCUGGAAGGCCGAUGAAGCUGGAAACUGCGUGUUUCGAUAUACCACCAAGGCGUUCGGCCCGAUCAUGGCCAAGGCCGCGACGUUGACUAUCGUGGAGGCAGAGAAUAUUGUUCCUAUUGGAUCGAUUGACCCGAACGAUGUGGACUUGCCUGGUAUUUUUGUGGACCGGAUUGUACCCGCCACCGACGAGAAGCACAUUGAGCUCAAGAAGCUCCGUGAGGACGAGAGCAGCAGUACCACCGAAUCAAAGAAGGGCGAAGCGCAGAUUCAACGAGAGCGAAUUGGUCGUCGCGCAGCAAAGGAGCUAAAGCAAGGUUAUUAUGUGAACCUUGGUGUUGGUAUCCCUACACUGGCGCCAUCGUUCUUACCCAAGGAUGUCAAGGUUUGGGUGCAGUCAGAGAACGGUAUUUUGGGCAUGGGCGCAUAUCCCACCGAAGAUGAAGUCGACCCGGAUAUCAUCAAUGCCGGCAAGGAGACGGUCACCUUGGUCCCUGGCGCCUCAACCUUUGACAGUACUGAGUCCUUCGGUAUGAUUCGUGGUGGACAUGUGGAUGUUUCUAUUCUUGGAGCUCUACAAGUCAGCGCAAAUGGUGAUCUAGCCAACUACAUGAUUCCUGGGAAGGUAUUUAAAGGCAUGGGCGGAGCCAUGGACCUGAUCUCAAACCCGGACAAGACCAAGAUUGUCGUGGCCACAAGCCAUGUCGCCAAGGACGGAUCUCCGAAGAUUGUGCAGAAGUGCAGCCUGCCGUUGACAGGAGCGAAUGUAGUCAGCACGAUCAUAACAGAUUUGUGUGUGUUCCAGGUGAACCGGGCUACGGGCGAGCUCACCCUUACUGAGCUUGCACCGGGUGUGGAGGUGGAGGAAGUGCGUAGCAAGACAGAUGCAAAGUUCGCAGUUGCAGAGAAACUAGAGAUCAUGCAAUAG